GUUUAAGCCACUCUUUAGUUAUCUUUUUAUUUUUAUUAAGGAACGAAGGUUGUUCAAGUGUAAUUGUUUUUCGUAAUGACCAGGACAUCUGUAGUGCAGUGGUAUCAUUGACUUGUGUGGAUUUUUAUUGUUUAUUGUGUGCCCUGAGAUGUUUAAGUUAACCUUACAAUGGUAUUGAAGGAUCGUAUCAACAAAAGGCAUAAACCAUCGUUUCGCUCAUCAAUGGAUCCGGUGGUGUCAUUAAAACCGGACAUUAAUUAUUUUCUUCCUAUGUAAUGACUUGAAGAAACGAUAGUUUAUUUCAUGCUUCUGAUGUUAUGUUAGUUGGUCUUAUAUGAUAAGGAAGACUUGUUUGUUUUUUAAGUUGAAAUUAGAAGAUGAUUGGAAGGCAUAUUAGCUAAGCACAUCACUAUGGAGGAAUAUGUAACUAGAAUUGGUGAUGUUACAAUUCAGCGAGUUAUACCAGGUGGGGCUGGUCCUCCUGUUGAGCCAGUUCGGGUUAUGGAAAGUGAAGAACUUCUAAGAGCUGUUAAGCAAGAGCCAUUAGAUGAUGAGGAAGAAGAAGAAGAGGAAGUGGAUGAAGGAGGAGAAGAAGAAGAGGAAGAACCUCAAGGGGUUGAUGAUGAAGGGAGAGAACUACUUGAUGAGGAUAAAGAAGAAAUCCGAGUCAAAGUGGAGGUAGAAGAUGAGGUAGAAGAGGAGGAAGAUAUAGACGCUAAUGAGUCAGAAAAUACACAGAAUGAAGGUAAGGAGGUUGAAGAGGAGGAGGAGGAGGAAAAAGAUGAUGAUGAAGAUAAUGAAAGUAGUAAGAGAAAAGCAGACGAUGAUGAAGAUUCAGAAAGCAAAGCGAAGAAGAAGAAAAUGGAAAAUGAAGGAGAUGCUGAUAAAAAGAAAAUAUCUAACCUGAGAAGAAACAUUAGGGAAGUAAUGGAUGAAGCUCAGUUAGACGAAGCAACCCUUGCUGCCCAACGACAGGAAGCUGAACGUCUUAGAAGAGUUCAAGAUCAACAAAAAUAUUUAAGAGAGGUUCAGCGUCAAAUACAGCUAAAUAAACAGAACACCAAAACUCAAAGCCGUGUGAUCUCAUUGCUUCAGGGUGGCUCAACAUCACUGUUAAAGACAAGUGCUGUACCUAGUAGCAAUAGCGGUAGUAAUAGUAGUUCUCCAAGCACUGUUCUGGUUAAGCUUGGUUCAGGACAGCAGCAAGCACUUAACCGGAAGACUCUCGAAGUUUUAAGGGGAGGAAAAACUAUAAGUACAGUAGAACCUGCCAGACCUGGGAUUACGAGGGUAACACCUAGUAAUAGGCCGGCUAUGGUAACUCCGUCUGUUUCUAUAGCUCCCGUUAAACCAAUAGUUCCUGAUGGGCAAAAGAAAGACCCAUGUGAUGCAGACGUCGUGACGAUCUCUUCUUCAUCGGACUCUGAGGACGACUGCAUUGUCAUCUCUGAAGGAGAAGGAGAAGAGGAAGAAGAGGAGGAUGAUGUUGACACUACUAAUUCUGGAAUGCAUACAAAUGACUUGUACAAUAUACCUGAUGAACAAGGAAGAGUUCUUAUAAAUGUUGGCAAACCUGAAUCAGAGCCUGAGAUUUAUCUUGCUCCACAAAUAGCCAGGAUAAUUAAGCCACAUCAGAUUGGUGGUGUCAGAUUUUUAUUUGAUAAUGUUGUUGAAAGUAUCGAGAGGUUUAACAAUUCAACUGGUUUUGGCUGUAUUCUUGCACAUUCAAUGGGACUUGGAAAAACACUACAGGUGGUUUCAUUUUGCGAUGUUUUCUUAAGGGAAACAUCUGCAAAGACUGUAAUGUGUAUAAUGCCUAUAAAUACAUUACAAAAUUGGGUCGCAGAAUUUAAUUUAUGGCUUCCUACUGAUCCUACAAUCUCUUCACUCGCUGUUCAUGGCGAGGUUAGGCCUCGAAAUUUCGGCAUAUUUGUUUUGAAUGAUAUGCAUAAAACGAUUGCUGCCCGUGCAAAGGUUGUUGAAGAAUGGAAUAGGGAUGGAGGAGUUCUUCUUAUAGGUUAUGAAAUGUACAGACAGCUGUCUUUGAAGAGACCUGGUAGAUUAAGGAAAGGAAAAAAGAGACCUCCAGAUGAGGAUGUUGAAGAUGAAAAAAAUAAACCACUAUUAGAAGCAAUGCAUGAAGCAUUGGUUCGUCCUGGACCAGAUCUUGUGAUUUGUGAUGAAGGCCAUAGGAUAAAAAAUUCACACGCUUCCAUUUCACAUGCUCUAAAGCAAAUUAGAACUAAAAGGAGAGUUGUCCUGACCGGAUAUCCUUUACAAAAUAACCUCCUUGAAUAUUGGUGUAUGGUUGACUUCGUAAGGCCUAAUUAUCUGGGUACAAAGACUGAAUUUUCAAAUAUGUUUGAAAGGCCAAUUCAAAAUGGACAGUGUAUUGAUUCUACUCCUCAAGAUAUAAGGCUCAUGAGAUAUAGAGCUCAUGUUCUCCAUUCACUUUUAGAAGGAUUUGUUCAAAGGCGCAGCCAUUCUGUAUUAAGGAAUACUUUACCCCAGAAGGAAGAGUAUGUUAUUCUAGUUCGAAUGACAUCUUUUCAGAGACAAUUAUAUGACACAUUUAUGAAUGAAGUUGUUAGAACAAAAGCAGUUCCCAAUCCUUUAAAAGCCUUUGCUGUUUGUUGUAAGAUCUGGAAUCACCCUGAUAUACUUUAUAACUUUAUUAAGAAAAAGGAACUCGAUGAGCUACAAGACUUGGAUAUAGAAGAAACUGCUAACCUCCAUACUGGUCCUAAUUCUCCUAGGAGACCAUUAGCGCCUAAAGACAAGAAAGGAAAAACAGUUAAAAAGGCUCAGAUUGCUGCCAUUAAGCCUGAAGUGGCCGCACCUCCUCAACCUCAGAUAACAACUCCUGAAAUUAAGACUGAAGAUAGGAAAUUUGAUUUUCCUCAACAUCCUCAAAACUCAUCCACUGGAUCCUCUGGAUAUGGAGGUUAUUAUCCUCCUCCUCCAUAUCCUGAUGUUUCUUACCCAUACAAUAGACCUCCAGCUCCUGGUAUGUAUUAUCCUGGUUAUUAUCAGGAUAAUCCAACCUACUACUCUCCAUAUGAUAGUGGAUACCCUGGAUAUUUUGGUAACUUCGGACCCUAUCCGGGUCAAAAAAAUGAAGAAUUUGAAAAACAAUCUUGGGGAAGCAAUUACGGUCCUAAUAAGGAUAAAAAUUUGAAAUCACCAAAAGAUUUUGAAUCCACAAAACCUGGAUUUCAAGAAUUUCAUCAUAUUAAAGAAGAAAAAACUGAAAUAAAGGAAGAAAAACAGCAAUUUAACUGUGGUUUUUCUGGAGGACAGGUUUCUUAUAACUAUAGGAAUUAUAGUGGAUACUCAGAAUAUCCUUAUCCGUCACAAGAAUAUCAACCUCCCUGGAAUAAAGGAAAUUAUUCCAACUUUUCUCAAGAAGAAACUCCUGGAUCUGGAAAUUUAGAAAGAAGUGCUCCGAAAUCUGGAAAUUCUGUAACCAUGGGUGGUGAUCAAAAGAAUACUUACUCCAGCAAUUCUAAUCAGCCAGAUAGUGUUCCAAAAUUAAACACUAGUGAGGAUAGAUCACAUUGUCAGUCAAAUCAAACUGCUCCUCACGGUAUACAUGAGCGUAAUCAAUCAAAUCAAAAUAUAAAUGAAACAAAUUCUCUACAUUCUAGUUCAGACCAGCAAAGGCUAAUUGGAAACCAAGACCAUUCUGGUGGAAACCAAAAUUUACAUCCCAAUCAUGGAAAUGUUCAAGCUAACAAUAUGGUUAUGAUGUCUGAUGAUCAACAGAGAAGGACUAACCAAGAUCAUAUUACUAGUAAUCAGCAAGGAUUAUUCAUGCAGCAGAGGAGUGAUAAUAGCCACGACGCCUUAUCCAGAAAUCAUGAUAAUUUGAUAAGAAAUAGGAAUAGUCAAGAAAUGGAACUCAACAGAUUACAUGCUAACAGUCAUAUGAUGAGUGGUCAGGGAAGCCAUAGUUCUCAAGAUCAAUCCCAAAUUACCCAGCAAAACAUGUAUGGUAAUAAAACCCAAGAUAAUGAAUACAGGACUCCUUGUAAUCAGGAGCGUCUUCCAGGACAGCCCGUAUUUAGCAAUUUCCAAAGCAAUAAAGAUUAUUUGAUGUCUAAUCAAAACUUGAAUAUGAGGCCUAACGUGUCAGAUGACUGUAGAGUUCAAGGUAAUCAGGAUCAAACUUUGAUUCAUCAACCUAACAACUUCAAUACUCAGAGAGCUGAACGUAUGAUGCAUGGAGAACAUGUUUCUAGUGUUCAAAAUAUUCAAGAAUCACAGGUUCGAAUGCAAAAUUCCCAAGAGAGAAUAACUGGAUCUCAGACUUCAUUUGGUUCUCAAGAACUUCAAAAGAGCCCAAGGAGUAUGCAAAAUAUUCACGAUGCUCAGCUUAGAGGAAGUGGUACUCAAGAUAAUAUCCCCACUAGUCAACAAAACUUAUAUGGAAAUCAGAGAACUGAACUUAUUAUGCAAGCCAAUCAAGAACAUAGUUCACAACACAAUAUGUUUGGUAGUUUGAGAAGUGAACAUGGCAUGAAACAUAUUGGUCAAGAACAAACUUCUAACAAUCAAAAAAUUAUGUUUGGAAAUCAAAGAGGAGAACACAAUAUUCAGGAACAUAAUUUGCAAUCCUCUCAAAAUGUUUAUUUGAAUCCAAGAAAUGAACGUUCUAUGCCACCAAAUCAGGAAAAUAUGCAGAAUACGCCACCUCAUGUUUAUGGAACUCACAGGGGAGAUACUAGUCUUCAAGAACAACUAUCUGCGUCACAACGUAACAUGAACACAAAUCAAAGAAGUGAUAGUAAUACAGUUAAUCCUGAUCAUAUUAUAAACUCACAGCAAAAUAUGUAUGGCAAUCAGCAUAGGAAUGAACAUAGUGUACAAAAUAAUCCUGAACAUAUGGCAGGUAUGCAGCAAAAUAUAUAUAGUAAGGAACGGGGUGAUAACAUGCAGCAUAGUUCUGAACAAACAGAUCUGUUUGGUAAUCAAAGAGGUGAACUGAAUAUUCAUGAACAUGCAAGUUCUCAGCAGCAGAAUUUGUUUAACAACAUAAGGGCUGAUCAUGGAAUGUCAAUUUCUCAAGAUCGUUUGUCAUAUAAUCAGCAGAAUCUUGGUAGUCAAACAGAUAAUCAGCAAAGAGUUCAUAUUGGAACUGAACAUUUGACAAUGAACAAUCAACAUAUGUUUAGUAGCAGAAAUGAACAUGGAGCUCUUGUAAAUCAAGAACAUUUACAACAGAACCCAUCGGGAAACCAAGAGAAAGAUUUAAAAAAUAGAAUUACUUCUCAGGAUCGAUCUGGAAAUAAUCAGAUUUUUGGCAAUGGUCGAAAUGAACUUGUCCAAAGCAACUCAGAUCGCAGACAUAGACAUCAAGAGGGGUUUGUAGGAAAUCAAAACAUUCAUGAAUUGGAUUCUAAACUGAGUGGUCAAAAUUUAAAUUCUGUUAACCCACAGAGCAUUUAUACUGGCCAGAGGAUUGAUCAAAGUAUGCAUAACACUCCUGAGGAAAGUGGCCAACAAAAUAUUUCCAGCAUUCAGGAAAGAAUAAAUUCAGAUCAGUUUAGUGGAGGGCAUAAUAUAUAUGGAAAUCAGGAUGAUAUGUAUAGAGGACAAAAUAUUCAUGAAAAUCAGCACAAGAUACAAAAUCAAAUUCCUCAACAAAAUAUUUAUGGAAACCAAUUCAUCGAUUGCAGCUCAAUGAGGGGAUCUGAUUUGCAAGGUAAUGCCCAGGCUGUUAGUUCUCAAAACCAUCACCAAGCUACCAAAAGGAGUUCAAAUAAUGAUCAUAUGUCAGCAGUUCGACCACAAGAAUCAUUUGACCAUCAAGGAAAUGAUCAUAGUAUGCAAAAGAUAAUGAAAACUGAUAACCAACAAAAGGUUCGUUCUGUUCAAGAAUGCAAUCCAUCUCAGUUCAACAUGUUUCCAAAUCCUGAUGGACAAUAUCGACAUGGUAAUAAUCAGGAAGCUAUACAAAAUUGUCGAACUAACCUUGCAGAGAGGCAGAAUCCUCAAGAACCCUCCAAUAGAAUGCACUCGAAUGUUGAUAGGUCCAUAGGAAAUCAACCUCUUACUCAAGAUCAGAAACAUACAAAUCAAAAUUAUUUUACUAAUCAAAGUAUUCAUGAGCAACAACGAUGGAUUCAUAAUAACCAACAACUUUCUGGAAAUCAACAAAACAUGUUUGACAACCAUGGGACUGUAACUAGAGAUGACUCAUUUCAAACGAAUCAAAAUUUACUUGGGGGGAAAGUUUUUUCAGAUAAUCAGCAGCAAUUUCACAGUUCCCAAGAAUGUGGAGGUCCUGUUUCUCAGCAAGGUAUGUUUAGCCAGAAUAAUCCCAGUAACAAUCAAAGGCAAGAUCAGAAUAUGGUGAAACCGCAAAAUAUUCAGGAAAAUCAGUAUCGAAUGAGUCAUGGCCAAGAGGCUCAUAUGCGAGAUCAACAACAAAAUGUUAAUAAUACAGAACGGCAGCAAAGUUUACAUAGCAAAGAUUCUAUGCGCGGAAGCCCUCAGAACGUCAUGGGUCGAAAAAAUUCAGCUGAUCAUUUAAGCCCCCAAGGAAUGCCCAAUAAUUCAGGAAUGUAUAUGAAUCAAUUACAACAUAAUAUGCAAGGAAAUCGGGAUUACAUGCUUAGUAAUCAGUGUGGCUCUGGAAGUAUUUCAGAUGUUUCUGGUAGUCAUGGAAGCAUGCACAUAUCCCAUCAGCAAAGUGGAAUGAACAUGAAUCAAAAUCAUUUAACAGGCCAACAUGCCAGUUCCAUUAACAAUCACGAGUUGCAGAAGGGAAGCCAGAAUAUUUCAACUCAUCAAAAUUAUGCUCUACAGAAUCCUUCUCAGAUUCAUGGCAGUCAUGAGAAUCGUCAGGGAAAUCAGCCUAGUCUCCUCUCAGGUAAACAGAGCAUCUCUAGGUCUCAGAAUAAUGCUAUCAAUUCACAAGAAAUUCAACAAGGCAAUAGUAAUGAAAAUAUUCCUGGUAAUCAUCAUAGUAUUUAUGAGAAUCAGUUCCACAUUCAAAGUAACCAACAAACUAUGCAAUGUAUGCCACCUCAGCAUAUGCAAGGCCCUUCUCAGCAAAAUGUACCUAGUAACACAAAGGCUUCAAUGUUCGGGAACCAAGGAAUUUCUCAGAAUACUGGUGGUGGCAUGCAGUGCAAUCAAUCGCAUCUUCAGAGCGGUCAGCAAAAGUUAAUGGCUGGCCCUUCUGCUUUAUCCCAUAUCCAUAAUAAAGAUCUGCCCCAAGGUUCUCAUAAUAUUCCAAAUUUCAGUGGUCACUAUCAACAAAAUAUAUCUGUUGGUUCACAUAAUAUGAAUAUCGAUUUAAAUAUUCCAGUUAGCCAACAUAAUAUCCAGAGUCAGCAAAAUACUACUAAUAGUCAAAAUGUCCCUGUCAAUAAGAAUGAUUUGCAGAAAAUGCAAGGAAGUCCACCUAACGUUCCAUCUCAACAUAAAAUGAAGUCUAAUCAAGUCCUCUCUGUUAAUCAGCAAGGAACCCAGACUGGACCUGACCAUCCAUCAUCAAUGUCUUCUACGCAACAUAAUAAAGGACAAAAUAUCCUUAGCCAAGGUGGGAUGGCAUCACACCAACAAUCUCAAAACUCAUUCGAUCAAACCAUUAUUAUGAGCAAUAAAGGCAUGUCUGGAGGUCAGGUGAUACAUAGUUCACAGCAGCAGAAGCUAGGAGCACAGUUGAGUACAGGGACCCCUGAGGAUCAAACUAGAUUUGCUGGUAGGUUUAACGAACCUUUUAUGAAAGAUCAAUUCCAAGGUAAUUUUUCCAAAGCUGGAUUUUUUGGACAAGAUUACCAAUAUCCUUAUCAAAAGCAGCCUCCUUAUCAAGACAAACAGUUUAAUGAGUCACCAGGUCCUUCUGGACAUCAUUUUAGGAAAGAAGACAAUUUUGAAGAAGGAAAUUCAAAGGAAACAGAAUCUAGCCAAAAAAAUCGAGAUGUUGAAGAGGGAACUAAGAGGACUAGCAAUUCCUCAACAAAUACUGAGAGAGAAGAAGGAGAUAAAAAAGAGAAGAAAGAUGAUGAUGAUAAAGCAGAAAAGAAAGAAACACCUUCCAAGAGCAAUAAAGAAGAUCCUGGAAUUCCUUAUGAUUGGGCUACAGAGUUUCUUAAAGGAUAUACUCCAGGUGAUAUUAGUUCUUCUGCAAAGAUGGCAGUGUUCUUUUGUAUUUUAGAAGAGUCAAUAGCGCUUGGUGAUAGGAUUUUAUUGUUUUCACAGAGUUUAUUCACAUUAAAUCUUAUGGAAGAGCUAUUGCAACAACAGCUUGUUCCCGGGAGGGAAGAUGAAAAAUGGGUUCGAAAUAUUAAUUACUACAGAUUGGACGGCUCUACUACUGCUAUGGAGAGGGAAAAAUUAAUCAAUGAGUUUAACUCUAAUUCCAAUUUACAUUUAUUUCUGGUUUCUACAAGAGCUGGAUCAUUAGGAAUUAAUUUGGUUGGUGCUAAUCGUGUUAUUGUAUUUGAUGCCUCAUGGAAUCCUUGCCAUGAUACUCAAGCUGUUUGUAGAGUCUACAGGUAUGGUCAGAAGAAACCGUGUUUUGUGUAUCGGUUAGUAACUGAUAAUUGCCUUGAAAAGAAAAUAUAUGACAGGCAGAUAAAUAAGCAAGGAAUGUCGGAUAGAGUUGUUGAUGAGUGUAAUCCCGAUGCCCAUCUGUCCAUUAAAGAGGUAACAUCACUUUGCUGGGAUGAUAAGACUGAUGACGAUGGUCCAAAAGACUUCUCUAGUCUUCAGGAUUCUUAUAUUGAUGUUGUCCUACAGAAAGUUAUACAGAAGCAUUCAUCUCUUCUUAGCAAGGAACCGUUUCAACAUGAGUCACUUCUUGUUGAUCGAAAAGAGAAGAAAUUAUCCUCAGCAGAAAAAAGGCUAGCUAAACGAAGUUAUGAGUUGGAAAAACAGGCAACUACAAGACCGGUUUAUAACGGUGUCCAAAUGAAUCAGCCGAGACCAAAGCCUAUGGCUAGUGUUAGACCUAUGCAGGCUGAGAUGGGUCAAACACGGCAACGGGGUUGGAUUCCUGCUUCAGUUUGGCAAAGGCAAGGAAUGUCAGCGCAAGAGAUGACACUUCCUCUAGAUGUAGUGAUUCCAACAAAUGCUGCUGAUAGAGCUUCAAUAGUUUUGAAAGCAGGCCAGAAAGUUAUGGUUCUCAAAUCUCCUAAGGGGAUAUACAUGCAGUUGGAAAACGGGAAAAUCAUUGCUAUCAGAACUGCUUUUAAAGUAGGAGCUAAAAAGCCUGGAGAACAACAGCCAGGAAAAGGAAAUGAGAUUGGAAGGAGAACUGGAAGACAGCAAAUGAUAUCACCGAGAGGCAGGCCUGUCCGAGCUGUGGGUCCUGUAUCUAGGCCUCCACCAGUAACUGUAACUGUUACCAGAAAGAGGCCAACGGAAGAACAGGAACCAUCUGCGAGGCGGGAUGAGAAUUCUGCUUCAACGGCUCCGCCUGCUGCUACUACUGCCACUGCUACUGCUUCUGUUUCUCCAAUGGAUGUCCAAGGAGCAGAAAAAGAUGCUCCUAAUCCGUUCACUGCAGCAGCUGCUGCUUCCUUGAGUAGCAAGCAACUUACCCUGUCUUCUGCCACCCAGCACACCAAUCAGGCUGCCAAUCAGCCCCAACAGCAAUCUGCACAAGUACAAAAUAUACAAAAUCAAAAUCAACAGCAUGAUGUUCAGCAGGCUGUACCACAGUCGCCUCAUCCCUCCUUGCCACAGCCGCAACAUAGUCUGCAAAUUACUGCUCAGCCGCAACAUGCCCAGCAGUCCCUAACUCAGCCCAAACCUGUGCCAUCUACUCAGUUUCUGCAACAGCAGGCUGUCCAGCAACCACAACCACAAGUUGUCCAGCAGCCCGGUCUUCAUGGUCAGCAUCAGGUGGCGCAGCAUCAGCAUUCUCAACAGCCCAUCCACCUCUCCCAUUUAUCUCAACAGCAGCCUCUAGCUCCAUCCCAGCAAUCCCAUCAGUCCAUGUCACAUCCUCCACAGCCACACCUUCAACAUUUACCACAUCAACAGCUGCAGCAGCCAAUUUCACAGCAUCUGUUGCCAUCUCAACCGAUUGCUCCCCAUUCUCAGCUUCCAUCUCAAUCGCCACAUCCUCAGCAGGCUCUGUCUCUUUCUCCAUUACCACAGCAGACAAUCGCCCAUUCUCAAAUACCUAAGCAGUCAAUCAGUCAUCCUCAGCUCGCUCCACAGCAUCAACACCCCCAACAAUCUCUCCUCUCCCAAAGUCAACUUCCUUUGCAUUCGAUUCCACAUUCCCCGAUGCAGCCUCUUCCAAUCCUUCCACUACCAAAAAUGCAUCACUCUGUACCUAUUCACCCCCAAAUCCCUGCUCAAGCAGUUCAACCUCAUACACAGCUUCCGCCACAGACUAUUCCUCAUGUUCAGCUACCGCAGCAGUCUCUUCCUCAGCCACCACAAUCUAUGUUGCAUCCUCAAGUUCAACAUUCUCAGCAUUAUGAGCCCCCACCAAUUCCACCGUUGGUGGGGGACCAGCUUACAUAGUGGUAUCAGUAUUAUGGACUCCUGUCUAAUUGUUGAGUAUGAAAUUCUUUUUUCAUUUAUUUUAUACACGUAUAAAAAUAAAUGUUUUAUAAUUUGAUUUCACUGCCUGCGAAGAGGCAAUUUGUAUUAUAUUGUUUUUAUUGAAUUUAGUUUGUAGGUAUAUCGUCAACAUUAGCAAUGUUCUUACGACAAAAAUGUAUUUAUUUAUAGUAGAGAUUUUGUCGACUUAAUUUUUACUCGCAAUAUUGAAUAUUUCUAAUAUGUAUAUAAGUAGUUAUAUAGUGGAAAAAGAAUGUUAUGUAUAAAUUAUGUUGUUAAUCGUUCUGCAAAAGAAAACAACAAAAUAAAUAAGGUAUUGAUUAUCACUAAACAUGUAAUUAAAUUUAGUUCUCAUCUCAGUGUAUUAUAAAAUUUUAAAUAAUGAGAAUUAAAGCAGUGAGAAAUCGCAUUUAGAACGAAAAAUAUACAUAGAUAUGAAUUAUCUCGAUAUUUUAUCUGUUCCUUUUAUUUAAAUUUUUUACUAUCCCAUCGUAUUGUUAUUUUUUAGCUCGCUUUUAUUUAAAAUAGACUUAUUAAAAUGUAAAGUUUUAUUAUCUAGACGUUUACUUAUUAACUAUCCCCUCCAUCCUGUCAGAAUUUUAGUGAAUAAUCUUUUGUGAUGCUGAUCUCUUUACUGAAUAGAAAUUUUGUUUUGUCUUAUAGAAAACUUGAUAAAUAAAAAAUAUUCAUUUUGUA